AUGGUCCUCACCCUCGAUCUCGUCCUCCGCGUCCUCAAUCGCACUCUCCUCCAUCCCUGGGUAGCAUGGAUCGGAGUCCUCAGUCUCCGCGCCCAAGUCACUCCCUACACACAUCCUGCCUUUGUCCUGGCCACCUCGUAUGCUAUCCUCUUGACGGUUCUCGCGGUCGCACGCGUCUUCAACCACCGUAUCGCCUACGGGGUGCCUCGUCCGGUGGAUCUGACCGACGAGGUUAUCGUCAUCACGGGCGGCGCCAGUGGUUUGGGCCUUUUGAUUGCAAGGAUCUACGCCUUGCGCGGCGUCAGUGUGGCCGUUUUGGAUGUCUGUGAUGUCGACCGUGUCGAACAGAGUUGGGAGGGGGAAAUGUCCGCUGUGCAUUACUUUCGUUGCGAUGUGGGGGAUCGUCGUGUGUUGGAGGAGACGUUGAGGAAGGUUGAAGUUGAGGUUGGGCCCCCCACAGUACUGGUCAACUGUGCCGCCGCCCGCAUCAAUGGCAAGUCCCUACUUUCCCUGUCGCCAGAUGCCUUCCAGAAAACCAUACAGACCAAUCUACUCGCCGCUUUCCAUACCUGUCAGCUGUGUCUGCCUCGAAUGCUGUCCAGUCCCACCGGAGGCACUAUCGUGAACAUCAGCUCCGUGCUCGGUCAGCUGUGUCCCGCCGGCCUCGUCGACUACUCGGCCAGUAAAGCCGGUCUCAGCGCCCUCCAUCGCAGCCUGGAGGCGGAGCUCCGUGCGUCCGGCGAAGACAUGGUGAAGAUGGUUUUGGUCGAGACGGGCCAGCUGUCCACCCCGCUCUUCAACUCCGUCCAGACUCCCAACGCCUUCUUUGCCCCAGUUCUUGAACCCAUCCAUGUCGCGCAGGAGAUCGUGUCCGCCAUCGAUGAAGGCAAGGCGGGUGUCAUUCGAAUGCCCACGUUCGCGGGAUUCGUCAACUGGUAUGCCGUGCUGCCCGUCAGCUUGCAGCGCAUCGCUCGGUAUUUGAGCGGCAUCGACCAUGCCGUAGUUUCUAGGCAGCCAGCAAACCAUGCACAUACAGACUGA